AUGGCCGACAAUGAUAAUGAAUACAUGAGCCAGGGCUCAAGGAGUGGGGAGUUGUCGACAUAUCCGCUCAGCGGCGCAACGCUUGUUUCCAGCCUCACUCCAGCCCCCACAAGUCAGCCAACCAGGAAGUCUAGGAUCAUUAUGGAUUCGGAUGACGAGAUGGAGGACGACAUUGUUGCGCGCGACGAGGAUGACUUGUUGAGUACGCCGUUGGGAUCUCAAUCGCUGGAGAUGAACUUUGGUCAAGACUUUGCAGCUGCUUCAAGCACAUCCUCCAGAUCAGCCCGUCUGGACACGAACAAUAACAACCAGGACGACCGGAUACACGCCAAUACAGUCCCCCUUGGGUCCAGUGUUUCUAAUCACGGACAGAGUAAACUUUCGACAUCUGCGCAGGACGACAGCGAUCUUUUUGGCGAUGAUUUCUUUGCUCAGUUCGGAGCCGAUGGCGAACUUGAGUUUGAGGAGAACCAGAACAAGAAACCCCUCUUUUCUCGGCGGAUACCACUCCUAGAGGCUUCGGAUGAAUCACUUGAUGGCCCCAACAGCGACGACCUGGGACUGGAGAAGCUCAGUAUCUCUCAAACACAUCGGACCAAAUCGGGCGCGCCGGCUGUCACGGAAACGACUCGGUCAUCACAUACUGCGUCCUCAAGUACGACUAUCACCUCUGCCAUCCCACCACGCCUCAGUUCAUUUGGUCGUCCCUCUACUUCGGCGGGACAAAGAUCGUCAAAGAGCCAUGAACAUAGUCUACACGAAGAGGAACUCUACGAGAUGUCGGCGAGACAGCAAGAUGCCAUGUUGGACGACAUGAUCAAGGAGGACGAGAUGCUCAGGGAUGAGGAGGCAGGAAUUCAGGAGAUUCUUGAUGCACAGUUCCAUGAGCAGGAGAUGAUGAUGACGCAAUUCCAGACCUCUGACACUAACAAGCGAAAGGUCCCCGAAACAGCAACACUCUCUACCUUCACGGACACAAACGACACUUCCCAGACCCUUGCGGAAUACGAUCGAUUCUUGGAGGAGUCAGCUUUGAUCAACAACUCUGCUCUUGAGAAUGCUGUUGAGGCGAGCAAGAGGUCAAGGUUGCAACGGCCAGCGCCCUCUGCUAAGCCAGGACUGUCGACGAGAAGCAAUGUGCCAGAAGUGAAAAAGUACGAUUACACACUUCCGCCUGCAACUGGAUCGUUCAUCAAGGCCAAGAGCAGUUCAGGAACCACAUUCUAUCUCGCCAAAAAAGUGCGCACAGAUCAAUCAAAGUUGCUAGCAAAUGAAAAGGGCGCCUCGCUGCUUUCGGUGCCGAUCCACAGGAUGAUGGAUGAACUGGAGCUCGAGAUCAGGAAUCAAAAGCAGGAAGAUGUGCAGCGUUUACUGGAAGGAGAAGAUGACGUCUUAGAUCUUGACGAAGAUCCUACAAGUGGCUCGAAUGAGCGGCUGUGGGUUGACAAGUAUCGCCCCAAGAAUUACACUGAUCUCAUGGGCGAUGAGCGUGUCAACCGCGAGGUCCUGAGCUGGAUCAAGGAAUGGGACCAGUGUGUUUUCGGCCGGAAGUUCAACAAGUUUACUCCCGAGUACAAGAAGCAACAAUUCAAGGAGUUCCGCAAGCCUGAUGCCCUUGGACGUCCAGACAGGAAGGUGCUUUUGUUGACAGGACCACCAGGACUGGGAAAGACUACCAUGGCACACGUCAUUGCCAGACAAGCAGGCUACAACGUUAUCGAGGUCAAUGCAAGUGAUGACCGGAUAGGAGCUUCUAUCAAGGGCAAAAUUGAGGCUGCAUUGGAGAUCCAGUCAAUUCUCGGCAGCGACAAACCCAACAUGUUGAUCAUCGACGAGAUCGAUGGCGUUUCUUCAAGUGGAGGCGAGCAGAGCUUUAUCAAACUCUUGGUCGAUAUUGCAACAGUCGAAGUGGUGUCUAAGGAAGAAAACAUAAAAGCUGCAGGAGGCAACAGGAAAAACAAAAAGUUCACCAAGAAGCCCUUGAUGAGACCCAUCAUCUGCAUUUGCAACGACCAAUACGCCCCUGUUUUGCGACCACUACGGACGAUUGCACAAAUACACCAGUUCAGGAAACCCUCUGUCCGCACUUUUGUCAACCGACUUCAGCAGAUUUGUGAGAUUGAGCAAGUUCAGAGUGAUACACGUGCAUUCGGUGUCUUGUAUGAGAUGACAGAGGGAGAUAUGCGAUCCUGUCUUAAUACGCUGCAGUUCAUCAAGAACAAAAGCAGGGCAAGUGCCAAACUGGCCGCCACUCAGACAUCAUCUCGUAGGACAGGAACUGACGGUGGAGACGGACUGACCGUCGAGGCACUGACCAAGUCGACCAUUGGACGCAAAGACCUAAACAAGUCGCUGUUUUCUGUUUGGGAGGAGAUCUUCCAGGCUACAUACGCACGGAAAACAAGGAGUGCGCUCAAGGUCAUGGAAGAUGGUCGCGAGGGUCUUGUUAAAGAUGACAAUAAUACUUAUGUUAGCAGGAUGGUCAGCAUCGUCCAAACCAACGGCGACUAUGACAAGCUGAUGCAAGGCUGCUUUGAGAACUACCCUACGAUGAUCUUCCAUGAUGUCGCGAUGAACAAGGUGGUAGAGAACACAGAAUGGCUUGCUUUCUAUGACCAACUCAACUUCAAGGUCACAGCAAACUUUGAGUACGAGGUGGGCGGAUACAUGGCCUAUGCGCUUGCCAAUUACCACCGCUUCUUUGCCGGAAGUGUGAGACAAAAGAUUGAAUACCCGCGCAAGGACUAUGAGUCCUUUGUCGCACACAAGGCGAAUGAGAGUAUCCUGCAGGGUAUGGCUCUGAACCUGCCAGCCAAGAUCCAACGACACUUCCGGAAGAGCAACUUUGCAACAGAGCUUUUAUCUCCGUUUUUGAGGAUUCUUUCGCCCUUCCUGCGACCUGUGAACAAGCAGUUGAUCAAGCCUGAUGAGCGGGAGGUUUUGAAGCGCUUGGUCGAUAUCAUGAUCCAAUUCCAGCUUACCUUUGUCCAGGAGAAGACUGAGGAUGGCCAAUUUCUCUACCGCUUGGAACCAUCUAUUGAGAAACUAGGCGACUUCUCGACGAUUGGACUCAAGAACGUCCUCACGAAUCGAUAUGCUGUUCGCCAGUUGAUUGCACAAGAGAUUGAGAUGGAGUUGGUGCGCCGGGCAGAGGCGGUGAAGGAGACCAAGGUGGGAGCGUUCUUUGGAAAGGCCGGCCAGGGCCAGGAUGCCGCUAGUAUGGAAACUGCGCUGGCUACUGCUAUUGCUGCGGGUGCAGCGAUAACAAUGAGGGAGGCGACGGAUUUCUUUGGUCGGGCGAUUGUUCAGGACAAGAGUGCAAGUGGAGGAGCGGGCCUGUCGUCGUUGGAGAUGGAACGAUCAAAGAAGAAGACCCGUAUCUGGUACAAGUUUAAUGAGGGAUUCUCGAAUGCUGUCAAGGCCAAGGUGUUCAUUAAUGAGUUGUUGUAG